AUGGAUUCUUACCUCAAGUUGAGCAGCUCGUGUGCUGGUAGAGACAAGAUUUUCAGGUUCGUCGAAAGACUCGCGUCUCAUGAAGCAUUAUCACAUGUGUUUUCCAUUGCUUUGUCAAGACUGCUGCAGUACUCGAGCAAGUUCUUGGGAGCGGCUUUGAAUAAUGGUCGUUGGAGUAAUGAAAAGGCAGUGAACCAAAUCAAGUUGCUGGAAAGUGCAAUGAGCUUGUUGCGGAAAGGUUUGCGACUUGGCAAGAGCCUGGACGUGUUGCAGGGCGCCGUCGGGACGAUGCGAUUGCGGGAUCCGGCUGUGAGGACGACGACGACGGUGUCGAGGAUCCAACAGGCCCUGUAUCUCCUGGCGGACAAUGUGUUGUGGGCAAACCGCGUUGGGCUCGUCCGCUUGUCCAACGAGUCCAAGGCCUCGUGGCUGGACCGGUGUAACCGUCUGUGGCUCUGCUUCCUGCUGGCCAACUUGGCGCGUGACUUGUACGAGGUGAAGAGCAUCGUGCGUGGGCGAUGUGAGUUGCUGGACAAGGCCGAGCCGGGAUUGCGAGUCGCCCUGUGUGCGCCGCCGACGUCGUUGGCCCUCGUGCGACACCUGGUGUGGAAUCACGGGGACGUGGCGGUGGACCUGGCCAAGAACUUGUGCGAUAUCCUCAUCCCGCUCGACGCGCUCGGCUACGUCCGUCUCCCGCCGGGGCUCGUCGGCAUCUGCGGCGCCGUCUCUUCUGCCCUGGGCCUCUUGGCCAUCGUGGAUCCCGUCUACAAGCUGAAUCCAGCAUAA